GAUUGACAGCCUGAUUCUCUUUGAUGUUCUGUGACGUGGUCUCAGGUCCUGUGGCACCUCGACAUCUUUCGGCGCAGUUUCCGUCAGCUGACGACUCACAGGUGCAUGGACGACUCGUGCAUCUUCUGUGCACUGAAGAGCAUCUUUGCUCAGUUUCAGUACAGCAGUGAGAAGGUCUUACCGUCUGACGCUCUCCGCAGAGCACUCGCCAAAACCUUCCAGGACAAGCAGAGGUUUCAGCUCGGCAUCAUGGACGACGCUGCUGAGUGCUUUGAGAACAUCUUGAUGAGGAUUCACUUCCACAUUUCAGACGAGAGCAGUGAAGACAUCUGCACGGCCCGACACUGCAUCUCCCACCAGAAGUUUGCCAUGACGCUCUUUGAACAGUGUGUGUGCAGCAGCUGUGGAGCUUCCUCAGAUCCUCUGCCCUUCAUUCAGAUGGUUCACUACAUCUCCACCACCUCUCUGUGUAACCAGGCAGUGAAGAUGUUGGAGUCGAGGGAGAAGGCGACUCCCAGCAUGUUUGGGGAGCUGCUGAGAAACGCCAGUAUGGGAGAUCUGCGGAACUGUCCUAGUCAGUGUGGUCAGCAGCUCAGAAUGGCUCGCGUGCUCCUCAACAGUCCAGAGAUCAUCACCAUCGGCCUGGUGUGGGAUUCAGAUCACUCUGACCUGGCUGAGGAUGUCAUCCACACCCUGGGAACCUGCCUCCACCUGGGAGACCUGUUUUACAGGGUGACUGAGGAGAAGGCCCGUCAGUCAGAGCUCUACCUGGUGGGCAUGGUGUGUUACUACGGCAAACAUUACUCCACCUUCUUCUUCCAGACAAAGAUCCGACGAUGGAUGUAUUUUGACGACGCUCACGUCAAAGAGAUUGGUCCCAAAUGGAAGGACGUGGUGUCUCGCUGCAUUAAAGGACAUUACCAGCCUCUGCUGCUGCUCUAUGCUGACCCCCAGGGGACACCAGUGUCAGUGCAGGACCUGCCCCCCCCCCUCCACCUCCACCACAUCAACAAGGCCUGUUAUGACAGUGAAGACUCGGGCCGUGAGCCGUCAAUCUCCAGCGACACUCGCACCGACUCGUCCGUGGAGAGCUCCUCAUGCCGACAGUCCUCGCUCUCUCACCAUGAGUCGCUGGCCGCUCGCUGCUCGUCUGACUCCCAGGGAACCGCCGUCUGCACCGGGCACCCAGACGGACCGCUGCACCCCCCGCUGCACGCCUCGCUCUGCAGCCUGGAGGCCAUAGGCCACGCGACAAACUCUGAGCAGCACCCGUCUCUGAAGAAGGGAGGCGGGGCCAGGGAUAGGAGGCGGAGCUCUAGCUACACCCGGCGAUCUAAACCCGACAACGAAGCCUCGCCAGCUGGUUACCACAGCGAGGGAGAGUCGUUGAAAGAGAAGCAGGUUCUUCGUCAGCAUCUGAAACCGUCUUCGUCCUCCUCAUCCUCGACCAGUCGUCUCAGAGACUUCAGAGAGACGAUGAGCAACAUUCUCCACAGCAGGACACUUUCCUCGUCCUCGUCUUUACCUGCGGCCGUCCUCUCCUCUGAAAUUACCUCCUCCUCCCAGCAUCCCCACCAUGCUCCUCCCUUCUCCUCCUCUCCUCAUAACCCUCACCACUGCGAGGCAGAGUCCUCUGAAGGGACAGGGUCAGGGAGGUUCCGUCCAGCGUGGAAGCCCAGGAGAGAAGUCCUCAACAUCGACAGCAUCUUCACCCGUGAAAGACGACGUCAGGCAGGAUACAGUCCACUCCCCGCCGCCGCCGCCAUCACCUCCGCUGCCGCCCUUCCUGACGACUGUAGAGACUUCUCGGCUCAACAGGAGGCGCUGUCUCUGAAGACAACGACCUCCUGGACUCUGCCCGCUGUCUCGAGCAGCCACAGAGCAGGAGGAGGAGCUGCAGAGCUGCCUCCUCUUGCUCCGCCCCCUCCUCCUCCCAGACUCAUCCAGAGGAUGGAGAGUGGAUAUGAGAGCAGCGAGAGGAACAGCAACAGUCCCAUCAGUGUGGACCUGAACCUGGGAGACAGGGAGUGUGCUGUGAAGAAGAUCUCCUCCUCUGGACCAUCGUGGAGGAACCUGAGGUCGAAGAGCAGCAGUGCUCUGCUGCAGGAGCUCAGCUCUGCCAGCAGAGGGAGCCAUGCAGCGCCCCCUGCAGGCCGCACCGAGCUGGACGAGCUGCAGGAGGAGGUGCAGAGGAGAGCCAGGGAGGAGGAGCAACAACGACGCCAGGAGAAGGAGGAGGAGGCGGAGCUCGGGUUCAACCCACAACCCAGCAAAUACCUGGACCUGGACCAGCUGCAGAUCCAGGGUAAAGGCAGCAGCUUGGAGCGGUGUGUGUCGGAGGCGGAGCUUCUGUUGGACCAGUCCGUACGUCUGGAGCAGGCGGGCGAGGUUGCUGCUGCUCUGUCAGCUAUCAAUGAAACAGUUUCCAAACUGCGGCCUGUGGCGGCAGAGGGCGGAGCUAGUAGUCACAGACGGCUGCAGCGCUGCAUGAGGAGAGCGCGUAGUCUGCAGCAGCGCCUCCUGCUGGAGGAGCAGCAGCAGCAGCGCCUCCUGCUGGAGGAGCAGGAACAGGACGAGCCCAGUGAAGAGCCUCUCUCGCUCCAAAUACUUCUGACCCACAGAAAAGGCGAUCGAGCUGUCAGUCAGGACCAGCAGUCCCCGCCUCUCCUUCCACCAAAACCAUUGUCGUCUGACCCCGCCUCUGUUGCUGUGGCCCCUCCCACUGGAGACAGCAGGACUGUGGGCCCCUGCUCUCUCAAUCGGAAGCUCCUCCCACAGAGUCCCCAAAAAUAUGAAGCACCGCCCACUCCACCUAACCCCAUGUCUGCACAAGACCCACCCUCACCCAGGCCACACCCCCAAACCUUGUCAUCUGUUGGCACCAGCAGUGGGAGUCAUGUGUCCAGAGUAGCUCCGCCCCCUGUCACAUGUUUACACCUGUACACACCUCCUGAUGAUUUUUCUGUUCCCACUGACUCACUCUCUCAAGCCCCACCUCCUCUUACAAGCCAGUGCGGUCAAAGGUCAUCUCCAUCCCACAACCCUCACCCCAGAGCCGCCGCCCGUCCCGUGGAGCGCUGGGCAGAAAACGUCAACAGAUACUACAACACCCAGAAUGCAGCAGGAGGAGCAGCAGCAGCGCCCCCUGGUGAGGAGGAGCUGUCAGAGUUGGACUCACUGUACCAGGCCAGUCUGCUGGCUCCCAGCAUGCACUGGGGCAGCCGCAGACUUGCUCCUCAGACAAACGCCUACAAAUCAGGAGGUUCUGAACGCUCCAAAACACCAACAGCAGAGAUGGAGAGAGUCGCCUACAGAACCGUGGUUCCACCUGUGCACAAGCCUCCACCUGGUGAAGACGAGAACUACAGCGCAGAAAACCUGCGACGCAUCGCCCGAACUCUGAGUGGAACCGUCAUUGGGUCACGACCCAAACACAUGGGUGUUUCCUACAGCAGUGAACCCUCUGGGCGGAACCCAGAGGGUAUCAGACACACCCACCUUUACUCGUCCCUCCCCCGUCACUCCAGCUACUCCUCCCUGCACCACGGCCCCUCAACUCCUGCUCCACAGCGCCUCCUCCUGUCGACAUCACAGCUCCACAGCUCAGGCCUCUCCACCUGGAGACGCACAGGAGUUGGACCGAGUGUCCAGUCUGAGCGACAUCAAACUCUCCUCUGGGGUCCAAAGGUCAACAGAGUUCUGCUGAGUCAUGCUAAGCUGCCCCAGGAUAAUCGCCAUGCUCCGCCUUCUUGCUCCUUUUCCUCCUCCCUCCCCAGACCCAGAGCAUGCUCAAGCUCCGCCCUCCCUCCUGGUCCACAGAGUCUGUAUGCCACACUGACACGCCCCCGCCGCUCCACCACCACGACAACCGGUCACCACAGUGAGGUCAGCAGGUCAGCUCACUGCCCUCGCCAAGGCCCCACCCAGCCUAUGCGUCUGGACGUGCCCCCUGAGGGUGACUGGCGUCAUGAUGCUGAGUACACUACUGCGAAGCCCCGCCCCUCCUGUGACCUCCGUGACUCUCUCCGCCGGCUCCCUCCUCCUCGGCUCUGCUCGCUCUGUCGACAACUUCCUGCUGAGCUGCCACGCCCACUCUGCUCUACCUGCAGCGCUGACGUGACUCAGCUCCACCCACUCAGCUGAUCUGACCUGAAGAGAAGAUACGAGGAGUUCUGUGAAACGCGACGCGGUCAGAGCGCCCCCUGCUGCUGAGGACAUUAAAAACAUGUCUGUUUAAGUCCAUGAUGUUAGGACAUGAGGACGUCUUUGUCUCACUGUGAGACAGACGUUUGUAAACCACUCCCACACCAAAGUCCAGAGAAAAUCAGUGAUUUUAGGAGCUGCUGGUCCUCUGCUGCCUCGUGUGGUCACUUUGUGUCACUGAGUUUAGUCUAAAAUAAGAUGUUAUAGCUCAGUGAUGAAAAUCAGGCUUUUCUCUGUGGACUUUGGUGUGGGAAAGUGAGCAUGUGUGAGCCUUGAAUUUGAUAUCAACCAAGGUGUGGGAACCCUGAUAUACAAGCUAACAUAUACUGAUAUAUAACUUGUUUAACACACUCUCAAAACAAGAGAUGACAAGUGAACUAGUUCCACUAACUAGUCCAACAGUAACAGAACCAGCUCGUCCUCCGCUCUUAUUCUGCCACGGUCCUUAACCUUCUCAAAGAUGAACACAUGACUCCUCCCCCUCACUGUCACCUUGUUUACUUCCUUGUUGGCAGUGAGGGGGAGGAGUCUAUCGGUUGUCACUUUAAAUGAUGUCCUGUCUGUGUUGUUGGACACAGGAAGUCCUCACCUCAUCACAGGAAGUCCUGGUCGUAAACUUCUGUUCAUAGUCAUGCAUCAAUUAAACAGAUUAUAAUCUGAUUAUA